AUGCCCGGCCUACCCUUGCUCAGCAAACCCUCCCCUUCCUCCGGCUCGUCCUCCAUCCCCGCCUCAUCAUCAGCAUCCUCCAUCACCUCUCAACCGUUCGGCUCGAAAUCACUACAGAGAAAACGGCCCGUCGGGCUCUCCAUCGCCCCCUCUAUAGAGGCCUCGCGUGCACCGCCCGCCCUUCCCUUGAGCGGCAGCACAAAGGAUGGGCCCUCUGGCCUGUCCGAGGCUGAGAAGCUGCGUCAGGAUAUCGCACGCCUGCAGCUCUCGUCGUCUCAGUCUGGUGGGGAUAGGUCUCCCGAUUCGGGCCCUAAUUCGCCUUCAACGUCGUCGCCUACUGGUCAACCGUUGACACCGACAACGCUGAGCCAUAGCGACUCGUCCAGCAGCGCAAAGGUGGUGGACAAGGCGAGGAAGAAGAAGGAUGGGACAAAGAAGAAGGGAAAGACGGAUAAGGAUGGGCUUGAUCUGGUCAAGGAUGAGGAUCUGGAGAUUCUGGCGGAUCUCGGAGCGGGGAAUGGAGGAUCAGUGACGAAGGUGUGGAACAAGAAGAGGGGGUGUAUCAUGGCGAGAAAGCUGAUUCUGGUGGACGCCAAACCGUCCGUGCGAAAGCAAAUCCUCCGAGAGCUGCAGAUCAUGAAUGACUGCAACUCGCCAUACAUUGUCGGAUACUAUGGCUGUUUCCUGGUGGAAGUGCAUGUUGGAGUGGUGAUGGAAGCCAUGGAUGCUGGCUCCUUGGACGAUAUCUGCCGCAAAAACGGCGCGAUACCCAUCAACGUUGUCGGCAAGGUAGCAGAGGCGGUCCUAAGGGGACUGAUGUACCUGUAUGAUGUGCAUCGGAUCAUCCAUCGAGAUAUCAAACCCUCAAAUAUUCUCGCAAAUACCAAAGGCGAAAUCAAAAUCUGCGACUUUGGCGUCUCUGGCGAAUUGAUCAACUCGAUCGCAAACACCUUUGUCGGAACCAGUACAUACAUGAGUCCCGAGCGAAUCCAAGGUGCCCCAUAUACCAUCAAAUCCGAUGUCUGGUCUCUCGGCAUCUCCCUCAUCGAGCUGGCUACCGGCCGCUUCCCCUUCCAGGACUCCAACGAGGCUACCGACUCGGAAGGCGAGGACUCGGACGAGGAGGAACAGACACACGAUCCCGAUCCUACCCUUCCGGUCUCAUUCCGUCGACCUCAGCUACCCGAGAAGAGCAAUACCACGCCCAAGGCGAAAAAGUCAAAGAAGGCCGGCGUAUCACUCGGCGGUGGCGGACAUACCAUGAGCAUCCUGGAUCUCCUGCAGCACAUCGUCAAUGAGCCAGCGCCGAGGCUGGUCAGUCGGAAGAGAAAGUUCCCGGAGGAGGCUCAGCUUUUCGUUGAGGGAUGUCUGGAUAAGGACCCAGCGAAGCGGAGUUCGCCACAGGAGUUGCUGGCGUCAGAGUGGAUCACCGGAUCAACAAUGACACCGGCGGACUUGCAGGAGUGGGCCAAAAGCCUAGCGGGAUCGACGGAGACAUGA